UUGCCUGGCUCCGUGGUUUCGGGCACACGGGGGAGGUCACGUUUCCCCUUCCCGCGGAGCCCCGCAGCGGAACUACGUUUCCCAGGGUGCAGCCCGCAGCCCGGGGAAGGCGGUGCCCGCCCCGCAGCAAGGGCGGUGCGCUCGGGGCGCUGCUGCGCCGUACAACCGCAGAGCCAGUGCGGGGCCGGGCGGCGAGGGAGCCAUGCUGCGCUACUCCGGGCCCCGCUCCCCGCCGGGACUCUGCGUCCUGCUGCUGCUCCUCUGCGCCAAUGCUCUGGCCUUCGUGGUGUCGCGGAGCCGCCAGGGGGGCAGCAACGAGAGACCCAUCCUUGGGAUAUUGGCACAGGAGAGUGACUUUACAAAUUUCCAUAGAUAUGGAAGUUCCUACAUUGCUGCUUCAUAUGUGAAGUUCCUAGAAUCUGCUGGUGCACGAGUUGUGCCAAUAAGACUAAAUCGUUCAGAAGAAGAGUAUGAUAAGAUUUUCCAGUCUAUUAAUGGGGUACUUUUCCCAGGAGGUGGUGUUGAUCUUAAGACCUCAGAAUAUUCGCGGAUUGCUAGGAUAUUUUACAACAAGGCACUAACGGCUAAUGAUAAAGGAGACUAUUUUCCUGUAUGGGGAACAUGUCUGGGAUAUGAAGAGCUGACAUACCUCACCAGUGGGGAGAUUUUACUGACUUGGACUAAUACUGAGGAUUUUGCACUCCCAUUGAACUUUACUACAGCUGCAAAAGACAGCAGGAUGUUCAAGAAUUUUCCAGAUGACUUGUUGCAAAAACUUGCCACUGAGUCUUUGACAGCAAACUUUCAUCACUGGAGCCUCUCCGUGCAGAAUUUCACACAGAAUGCGAAGCUACGCAAUUUCUAUAAGGUUCUGACAACUAGCACCCAUGCAGACGUGGAGUUUAUAUCAACAAUGGAAGCACAUAAAUACCCAAUUUAUGGUGUGCAGUGGCAUCCAGAGAAAAAUCCUUUUGAAUGGAAGAACUCAUCAGGCAUACCACAUUCCGCGUCAGCUAUGAAAGUUGCAUAUUACGUAGCUGACUUCUUAGUGAAUGAAGCCCGGAAGAGCCUGCACCAUUUUCCUAAUAAGGGUGAAGAGACCAAAGCAUUGAUUUACAAUUAUACCCCUGUUUUUACUGGUAUAUUUUCUCCAUUUGAGCAAGUCUAUUUUUUUGAUUGAACAUCCAUCCCAUAAUACAAGAUAGCGAUCUGUAAAUAGAGUUGUUUGUUGCAAGUUUCAUAAUUAAACUCAUGUUGUGCAUUGCAAGUGGCAGAAAGACAAAAUGCUUAGCUUACCUUGCAGUGAUUUAUCCUAUGUUACCUCUUUAGAAUUGGCCCAUUAAUCUGACAGAUUUCCAUUCAAUUACAUUAUAAUGGGCCUGGAUCUCAUUUUAAUACCUGCUACAGAGAAAUAUAUUUUACCUCCAGAGACGGCAACUUGAUUGCACUUAUAAAUUUGAAACAAAUCAGGUUAAUUUAAAAAAAUUGAGCAAUACUUUUGGCCAUAUAUUUGAAAGAAAUGAGUUUACUUCUACAAAACAUUGUGGGCUCUGUGAUAACAGCUGGGUAGUUAAAAGAUUUGACUUAUCAUAAUUCUGUUCUCUUGGUCAGAUUACAAUACAAUUAAAGGAUGAAAUAAUCUUCUGAUCUUGAGCUUGACAGAUGUGUCAAACUCUUGGCAGAGAAAAUUUUGUCUUUUAGAAACACGACAAAAUAAUAGUUAAACAUUAUUGCAAACGGACAUAAAGAAGUAUAUGCAGUAUCAUCUGUACCUUGUAGGAUUUACAUGGUGAAGGUGCAGUAUUAUUUAGGCAUUGCACACAUCAGUUAAAGUAAGUCGGUUUGGAGCGCACAGUUAAAACAUUGAUUCACCUCCUGCUCCCUUAGUCAGUGGAAAGAUUUUGGAUAGGCCUUGAAUUAGUUUGCUUUAUGAAAAAAUAGGACUGCCUAGAGUUUUUAAUGAUAAUAUAAUGUAUAAUUUGACUUUUGGUGAAAUCCGUGAAAUCCUGGCCCUAUUGAAAUUAAGGGGUGUUUUGCCACUGACUUUAGUUGGGACAGGAUUUUCAUCCCCUUUUAAAAAAAACAUUUUGAUGUAAUGCCUUUCAGAAAUGUUACUAAUAGGGAUCCAGUCAGCAAAGCCUUUUACUGCUGAUACAAUGUAAUGAUUGUAAUUAUUAGGCAACUGCAUUUACUGUAUUUUUUUCCUUUUGCUUUGCCAUGCAACACAUUUUACUUGAAUUUAAGUAGCUCUUCUCAAUUACUGAAAAGUUUGUUCAGUACUUUUGUGAUGUAUCAAAAUGGGAGGAAGAUGAGGCAAUCAGUUUCAUUUCCCUUUUCUUCCACAGGCCCAAACCUCCCACUGAAAUCAGUGGGAAUAGCCUUUUAACCUCAGGUCUCCAGAAUUGAAAGUUAGUAACACACAGCAGUUCCAGCACCACAUCUGCAGUACAGGUGCAGAAUUUAUCAGGGCAUUCAAGAGGAUGGCAGACUCCCUACUCACUAUUCAUGACCAGAUAGGCCUGCUACAGUUUAGCCCUUAACAGAAAGGACUGGAAAUGCAUUCAUUAAUAUUGUAUGAAGCAAAAAUUGUGAUCUGUAACUACUGUCAAUAAUCCAGCCCAGUGCACUCAUAAGCAUGGUGCAUUUUGGCUGUAAAAUUCAGCAUUUGUAUUUCACUAUUUCUAGCUACGAUUACAGUCAAACUGAGCAAAGCUUAAUUAGCCUGGGACAUUUUAGAUUUCUUCUGUAAGUGCUUGACUACCCCAAUUCAGCACAAUACAAUUUUGUGUUGUAUUAUGUAUCUACUAGUAGCUGAAAGCCCAUGCUAUCACACGGGUGUCAUUUGUAAAGACGUGUGGCUGAGAACUUAAAAAUUGGAUGGUAAUGGAGCACUAAUCCCAGUGAUGAUUCAACCUGUUGAUAUUCUAAACAAAAAGUACUUUCAGCCCUGUUUAUAGCUGUUUCCAUCACUUCACAUUGACUCAACAGACAUUCUAGGCUUCAGAGUGACAUACAGACCAAGUGACAAUUCUGGACUCUUAUAUAGAAUACUAUGAGCCUGAGUCUCUUCUUAGCCCAGUUUUGCAUUAGUAGAGUCUUGAUUCCAAUAGAGUGACUCCUGAGUCCUGGCUUACCAGUGUGAGAAAUGACAUUAGCACAGCUGUGUUUUCAACAGUUACUCCUGAUUCUUUACUUACACCAGUCUGAGAAGACAAUCAGGCUCUGUGUAUACAUACAGGCACAGCAGCUAAACUAAUGACCAAAUCCUGCAAUUCUUAAGCAAACAUCCCCAGAAGUUUUGCCUAGUAGGGCUUUUCUACACCUAAAACUUACGUUGGCCUACUUCAUUGCUCAGGACUGUGAAAAAUUUCACGUGCCAUGCGAUCUACUUAAGUUGACCUUACCCGCACCGUAGUCUCAGCUAGGUUCAUGAAAGAAUUCUUCCAUGGACCUAGCUACCACCUCUCGAGGGGGUUGAUUUACUACAGUGACAGAAAAGCCCCUUCCAUUGCUGUAGUAAGUGUCUCUCCUACAGUGGUGUAGCCACUGUAGCGUUUGUAGUGUAGACAUACCCGAAGAGUUUGCCUAUGUAAGGAAUGCAUGAUUUAGCCCUAAUGUAGUGGAGACCAAUCUGCUAGUGGAAUUUCUGUUAACUUUACUGGUUGUGACCAGGGCCAAAGUGUGCAAAUGCAAAGGGUAGGGGUGUGUGUAAUAUGAGUGAGAUCACUGUAUUUAUUCAUGAGUUUGGAAGUUUAUUUCCUUGCUGUUUUGUUCUGCUUUAUAAAGCAGCACUUCAUUGAACUGAUUGUAUUAAUGAUUUCCUUUAAUACUUGAAAUAAAGUUUACACAAGCAGUUUUGUAUUUUCCUUAA